GCCUCCUCGCCCCGCCGCGCGCUUUCCCGCCAUGAUCCGCGCGGGGGCGGCCGCUGCCGCCCUGAGGGCCUGGAGCAGGGGCCGGGGCUGGGCCGCGCUCUCGACGGCGCCCCCGGCCCCGCCCGCGGCCCCCGAGCCCCGCAGCGAGAAGCCACCAGCGCCGGCCCUGCCGCUGUCCCCGGUGCUCCGGAGCUGCAGCAUCCCUGUCCCCUCCCACCUGUCCCCUGUCCAGGCCUGGGUGGAGUCCCUGCGUCACCCCGAGGACACUUUGCGGGGUCUCACCGACCUUCACCCCGAUGUCUUCGCUGUCACUCCCAGGCUGGACAUCCUGCACACGGUGGCCACGUGGCAGAGGAACUACAAGAGGAUCAGCCACGCCAGCGUCAGGAGCCGCGCUGAGGUGCGCGGCGGGGGCCGCAAGCCCUGGCGCCAGAAGGGCUCCGGCCGCGCCCGGCACGGCUCCAUCCGCUCGCCGCUGUGGCGCGGGGGUGGCAUCGCCCACGGGCCCCGCGGUCCCACCAGCUACUUCUACAUGGUGCCCAUGAGGGUGCGGGUGCUGGCACUGAAGGUGGCGCUGACCGUGAAGCUGAUGCAGGAUGACCUGCACGUGGUGGACACGCUGGAGGUGCCCACGAGUGACCCCCGGUACCUGCUGGAGCUGGCGAGGGUGCGGCGCUGGGGACAGUCCGUGCUCAUGGUGGACGUGAAUGAGUUCCCGGAGAACAUCAGCGCCGCGGCCGAGGGCCUCAAAUCCGUCACCCUCAUCCCAGCCCUGGGGCUCAACGUGCACAGCCUGCUGAAGCACCGGACGCUGGUGCUGACCCUGGGCGCCGUCACCUUCCUGGAGCAGCGGCUGCUGUGGCACGACCGGCGCUUCUCGGCCCUCUAUCCCUUCUCGCUGCCCUACAGGGACCUCCCGCAGCCCCCCCGGGCCGGCUGAGACCCCCCCAGGUGCCAUCGGGACCCCCAUUUGGGAUGGGGACCCCCGUUUGGGGUUUGACACCCUCCCAGUGGGGCAGGAUGCGGCCCCGGUCUCAUGGGGAAGGGGUUUGGGGUCGCUGUGGUCCUUGGGGUGGUGUCCCCUCUCUGUGCCCUACAGGGACCUCCUGGAGCCCCCCCGGACCGGCUGAGACCCCCCCCAAUUUGGGAUUUGACCCCCCCAAUUUGGGAUUUGAUGCCUCUGUUUGGGAUCCACCCUUCCCGGGGCAGGAUCUGGCCCCGAUCCCAUCAGGAAGGGGUUUGGGGUUGUCGGGCACUGCUGUGGCAUUAAAGGGACUUUUUUCA